GACAGGGCGUGACACAAAAAUGGUAAGGGAGUCCCGGAACCCCUUAAAGCAUGUAACAAAAUUUUACAUUGCAUGUUGUCUAUCCUAUACCUCGUCUAUGAUUAAAUUUUAAUCACAUUGGAUUAUCAGUGGUUUAUUGAGAUUCUUCUGAUUAAAAUGAAUCCAAACACGACGUAAAUCUGUUUAGUUUUACCGACUUGGGGGAAACGAACCUUUAAUUUCGUUAAUUACAUCAAGUCGGUAAAACUACUAUUACUUAACAAGCUACAAAAAAUGUACCUACAUAGUAGAUAGGUACAUGGUACUACGAAUGUAAUAUUAUUCUUAUUUUUGUAUUGUUUAAUAACAGAUUCACUUUUUUGUACGAACAUUCUUUACUGUUAAGACUCGAAAUUAAAUACAUAUCACAAUAUUUGUUUUCAUUAAGAAUGUCACCGGUUUUUUACUACAUUCUUUCUCUUUUUCUCGAUUGAUACUUACGUAUUCGCCUUAUGUACGUAUUUACAGUGAAUUGGUAUAGGAAAUAUAUAUAACACAGAUUUGAAUGGGUUUGAAGACUGACAAUAUUAGCCGGUUUAAGAUUUUAUACUGUGAAUUCAUUUAUUUGAAAUCUUUCUUAAAUUUCAUGUAAUCAUCAUAUAUUUUUCAUAAGGAUUGUAUUACGCGCAUUUAAAACAUACAUAUACAGGUAUGUUUUCAUAACAUUGUUUAUAUUUGAUUGAUCUUAUCUAUAACAUACGUGAUGGCGUAUUAUCAAUCCAAUAUAUUAACAAAAGAUGCUGAGAUGUCUAACAGUAGUACAAGCACCGAAUUUACACUGUACGUGAAUAAUUUACCUGGAGAAUUAAAUGAAAAUGGUUUCUUACAAAUCUUUAAUCACUAUGGAGAAGUUAUUGGACAUUUUUACCGACCAAAUGCUACUUGGGGUUAUAUUACGUAUGGUAAACGCCGUGAUGCACAAAAUGCCAUUAAAGAUUUACACGAUGUACCACCUUUACGUUUGAAAGUAUCAUUUACCAAAGAAAGAAGAUCCAAUGAAAUACAAUUUACAAACAUAUCUACUUCUGACAAUGAAAAGUCUGAAAAUUAUAAUUACCCACGAGAAGAUAACUAUAUGAAAAGACCUCAUCAAACACUGGGGCGAGGUAAACCAAUGGAUAUAUUCAAAAGAGUAGAACCAAACAUGGGAAUUCCAAAGUAUAGUUCGGAUAAUGAAUUAUUAUAUGCUUAUCCUACUGAUCCAUAUACAUAUAAUCCAUAUGAAAAUGCAGAACCUUAUGCAAGUUCAAAUAUGUUGUGGACAAGGGGUCAAUUAACUAUUUCACAAGAUGGUAAAAGACAUGUGUCUCUUGGACGUGGUCAUACAAUGUAUGAGAUCCCAGAUCCAAACCCUGAAGUUCAAACUCAAAUCACUAAUGUGUAUGAAAAACGUACCACUGGAUUAUAUGAAUAUGGUAAUGAUAUGUUAAGAGAUGGAGUUGGCAGGUGUGAAAAAUGUUCAAAGAUAACAAAAUUUACCUGUGAGAGAUGUCACAGUUUCUUUUGUAGUAAGAAUUGCCAAGUAGCUGCUUGGCCACAACAUAAAAUUGAAUGUCAAGCUAUUCCAGAUUUGGUGUUAGCCAAAAGUGUUAUGAAUGGAUCACAAUUCCAUAGUAAUACCAGAGAACAGUCUUUUAGUAGAAAUAUGUCUUUUAUCCAAAAGCCUCUUCGUCGGCCGAAAGAUAAGUCAUUAACUAAUAUGGUAUUACCAAACACAAAUGGUUCAGAUGAGAUUGCAAAAGAUCAAAAUCCAAUCAAAGUACCUGCAGACAGUUACAAUGGCGAUACAAAAGAUAACCAAUCGAACAUUGUUGAAAGUACUGAUCAGUAUCAUACGUCCCAGCAAAAUAAUACUAACAAAAAUAUAAGUAUUUCCGUACAUGAUAGAAUGGAUAUGCUGAAUACAUUAAAAACUAAUGAAAAACAUAAUGUUCAAACUAGUAAGGCAAAAGAACAUAAUGCCUUCUCAUUUAAACAAUUAAAAGAUUCCCUUUCCUCUUCUGAUAAGGUGACAGAUAAUAAGGAAUCAGAACAUUCUGAAAAUAAUGUUAAAAAGCGGGAAAAUUUCAAAGAUGUAACUAAGAUAGAAGAAGAAAUUGCCUUUUCAAAAUAUACAUUUUUACCACCAUCAAAGUUUGUGGAUGUUAAAAUAAUUGUUGGAGAAGGUCGUGAAUAUUGGGUUCAAAAAGUAGAAGAUCAGGACAGCAUCAAACAGUUAAUGAACAAUUUGGAAAAUGAGGUACAAAACGUGAAGAAUGUACAACCAAUAGUUGGAAAAAUUUAUGCAGUUAAGUAUCGGGGAGUAUGGGGUAGAGCUUUAGUAAAAUCGUUGAAUCCUGUAACUGUGCAUUACGUCGAUUUUGGUAACGAUGAAGUCGUGAACACUGACGAUUUUCAUGAAAUUUAUAAAUUUAGAAAUAUACCAGCAUAUUGUGCUACAAUUCGUUUGUCUGAAAAAGCGUAUAAAAAACAUAAUAAUUUAAAAUACAAAGACAUAAUAACCGUGAAAUGUAUAUCUGUUGAUAAUAGUAAAGUAAUUAACGUGGAAGUUCAAGGAGAACAUGAUGAAUCCACAGCACAAUCUGAAGUAAAUGAUAUUUCGAUACCAAAAGAUCGCACAACAGAACCAGAAGUUCAAAUAUUAAUGCCAAAAGCUCGAAGCUCGACGACGGAAGUUUCAACUUCGAUACCGAAAGGUCUUAAACCUGCCAAUAAUCCAAUUUCUUUAAAAAUUUCUACUAAUAGUAAGACGCAAACUACUUUUACAAAACCGAAUACUGUAGUAAAUACUGUAUCCCAGGGAGAAACAGGUAUUCUUGAGAUACAUGCUGAAUUGAGAAAUAAUGUCUAUGGUAUCACAUUAUUACCAAAUAACGCGACAUUAGAUUUUGAAAAACUGUUGAAUGAACUGCCUCCCAUUUGUGAACGGAAAGCAGAAAAUUUCAAUCAUAGGCCGCAGAUAGGAGAUAUAAUAUGCGGUCGAAGACUUGACGGAGAUUGGCUUAGGGGAUAUCUCUUGUCCCUGGAUACACCUCUAAAGAUGGCUAUAAUAGAAGAAGCUAGAAUGAUGGAAAUUACUAAAACAGUACCAUGUCCUGAAGAUUUCGUGAACAUAUGUGCUUUUGGAGUUACAUGUGAAAUAAUUAAUACCACAUAUAAGUUUAGGGCAAAUGAACAUUAUGAAUUCAAAGUUCUAGUACAUAAACAACAGAACGAAAUUGAAAUAGAAAUUUCGACGAGUGAAGAGAAAGUGAAAGCUAUUGUAAAACCAUGGACACCAGAACCUGAACAAAAAGCGUUACUAUAUGCUAAAUUAAGAAAUAAAUCUGAGGUACGUUUGACUGCUUAUCAAAAUCAUAUUUCUAUGUAUGCCCGAUCUUUAGAUGUUGAAGAAGUAGAGUACUACAACAAUGUUAUGCAAACUGUUGCAAAAUGUGCUCAAACAGCUCCAUCUUUAAACGAGCCACCAGUUGUUGGGCAAAUGGUAAUGUCUCGUUAUAUCGAUGACAAUUAUUACCGUGCAAUUGUUACUAAAGUAGAGGAUUCCAAAAUUAGAAUUUCGUAUAUUGACUUCGGUAACACGGAAGUUACCAAUAUAAAGAAUCUUAAGAUUCUAGAUGACCAAUUAAAGCAGCUACGGUCUUGUACAAGCAAGAUUGUUUUAAAAGAUGUACUUCAAGACACUCCUAUGACUAAAGAGAUAUGCGACUAUCUCAGUGAUUUGGUAGGAAGAGAAGUUCCUUUAAUAUGUACCUUUGAUGGUGUACCAUCAAAAGAUGGUGUAUAUCUUAAAUUACAUAAUGGAGAAUGUGUUAAUAAAACCAUAAACGAAAUGUUAGUGCCAACUUGGAAUAAGAUCAGUGCAGAAGAAGAUACGACAUGUUAUAUGAUAAACGACUUAAGUACUGCUGACAUAGGAGAAGUAGGUGAUGUUGUGGAGGCUGUGGUGUUACAUUGUAUCGAGGAUGGUUCCACGUAUUCAAUAUGUCCAUUAGAUUAUCAUUUAAUGACUCAUGUUUUUGAUAUAAUGCCUAAAAUGAUGACUGAAUAUUGUGAAAAAUCAAAGUACUAUAUUCCUCGAGAGAAAGAACUAUGUUUAGCUCUCUUUGAUAAUGGAUGGUACCGCGCGGUAUGUCUUCGUCGAACUGAAACACCUACAGCGAGCGAUAUUUUCUUUGUCGAUUUCGGAAAUAUCGAAGUUGUUGCUCACACUGAUAUACGACUUAUGCCGAAGGAUUUCCUUACUCCUAAUGCACUCGCAAGCAUUUGCAAAAUCGUCAAUAUAGUUCCUAAUAAUAAGGAGACACAAUAUUCGGCUGAAAUAGAAAAGAGGAUUGCAGAAUUGAUUGUUGUCCAUAAGUGUAUUAAAAUAAAGAUCAUUGAAUGCAGUGAUGGAAUAUAUAAUGUGGAAGUACCUCUGAUUCGGGAUGAAUUAAUUAAAGAUGGUUUAAUAUCACCGUAGAGCACAAUAUCGAUAAUAAUAAUAAUUUACGUUUUGUUAAAAAGAAAGAAAUCAAAUCAUAUGAGGUUUUUGUUCUAGUUGAUAAGAACAUAAAUUAUACAUUAACAUAAUAAUAAAUGUAAUUAUAUUUCAAAGCAUUUAAUACUGUGAACAGAUUAUCAUUAUCAAUAUAAAUAGAAAUGAUUUGUUUUCUCAAAACCGUUUGACUGCUUAUUUUUGCUAUCCAGUAUUUUAUUUUAUAAUUGUAAUGAAACAAAAUGUUUAUAAAAUAUUGUAUUAAUAUUAAUAAUAAAUACGAUGAAAU